UGUGACAGCUUCGCGCGGAAUCUUCUCCAAGCCGCCGGUGUUCAGCACGGAGAGCUUUGAGCGCGACUCACUUCCGUUUCCAGUAAUUUCUACGAGCAAGAAAACCAGCGGCAGCAGUCGCGAGGGUUCCAGAAGCGAGAGUUCACGCGUGGCGGACACAUUUCUGUCACAACCCACAGCUUCAUUCAUUUUCAGCAGAAUAGCUGUAUUUAAUCAUUAUGGCGAAGUGGGGAGAAGGAGACCCUCGCUGGAUCGUGGAGGAGAGAGCGGAUGCUACAAAUGUCAACAACUGGCACUGGACCGAGAGGGACGCCACAAACUGGUCAUCAGAGAAGCUGAAGGAGCUGCUCAUGGGGUUGCAGGUGGAGAGUGAAGAAGGCAAGUGUGAGAUCACAGAGGUCAGCAAGGUGGAGGGAGAAGCAUCCAUCAAUAACCGCAAAGGGAAGCUUAUAUUCUUCUAUGAGUGGAAUCUGAAGGCUGCCUGGAGAGGGACAUCAAAAUCAGGCAUCAAAUACAAGGGGAAUAUUGAAGUUCCAAACCUUUCAGAUGAAAAUGAUAUGGAUGACCUUGAUAUCAGUGUGAGUCUUUGUAAAGAUGAGCCUGAGACGGAGCUGCUUUCUCUGAUGAGGAGCGAGGGAGUCAAAAAAAUCCGCAUAGCGCUGGCCAGUUACGUGGACUUCCUCAAAACAGAGUUCACACAGGGCAUGAUCCUGCCAACAGCCAAUGGCAUGAUGAAACAGCAGAGAGCGCAAGCAACAAUCAAGUCAAACAAAACUCAGAUUGGCUCAUGUAGCGCUGCUCCUCCUCCUCCUAACACAGGGGUAAAAAUCCCCACCUGCAAGUUCUCAUUAAAAGACACCUUCCUCACCUCACCAGAAGAUCUUUACAGGGUCUUUCUCAAUCAGGAGAUGGUGCAAGCUUUCACACGCAGCGGUGCUGUGGUUGAGGCUGAAAAGGGUGGAAAGUUUCGCUUGUUGGACGGAAACGUGAACGGAGAGUUCCAGGAGCUGGUUCCUGAGCAGAAGAUAGUCAUGAAGUGGAGGUUCAACUCAUGGCCUUGUGAGCACUAUGCGAUGGUGACAUUGACUUUCACAGACAAGGGUAAUGAGACAGAGUUAAAGAUUGAGUGUCGGGCGGUUCCUGAGAGUGAAGAGGAACGAACACGAGAUGGUUGGCAGAGGUACUACUGCCAUGCCAUUAAACAGACAUUUGGCUAUGGCGCACGACUCUGCUGAGCUCAGGAUGUAGCGGCCUCCUUUUUUUUUUGGCUCUUUUGUUUGUUUUAUUGUUUUUAUUUUUGUUCAUUUUGCUCCACCUACAAAAGAGAGGAUCAGAAUGUGACUCCACUGAACAGCAGGCAUCACAUUGCUCCAUUAUCACGUUCCUUUAUUUGGAUGAUUUUGAUGUUUACAGUAAAUUAAAAGAUGGAAAAAUCAGAAAUGUAAGAGAUGAAAAGAUGAGAUAAGUACUAAAGAGGAGACUUGGGUCAUAUGAAAUAUCUGUGUAUGUGUGUAAUAUAGUGUACUUAUUUUAGCAUGGUUACUCUCUGAUGGCACUCCUGUCCUGUUCUGUGAAAGGGUCACAGGGUUGAACGGUGCCUUUUAUGCACUGGGUGGAUUUUGAUACGUUAAGAGGCUUUCCUUUGGAUCUUCUUGAAGAUGGUUUGGAGAGAGAACAAUAAAGACAUGUUUCGGACCACUUAAUGUUUCUUUCUGAUGAAAAUGGAGUUAUUCAUGUACAUUUUUGUCAUCACAUCUCUAAUAGUAUUAUGAACAUGUGUGAUUUUUACUCAGUCAUUUAUAUUCACCAAAACAGAUGCAAGCUGCAGAAAGCCUGUUUUGUUUGUCUCAAACAGACUGUAUUAAAAAGGAAAUCAUGUAGAAUGCACAACUGGUUAUUUUUAAAUCACUGCUUUUCUAUUCGCUUUAUAUUACUGCAAGUACUGUAUUUCAGCCUUUACAGGGUUUGCCUGGUUUUAGCUGCUGAAAUGUUUGAAAAGGGAACCACAGACCAAUUUUAAGUCACCCAGAAGAAAAUGUCGGUUGUUUUGCCCCAAAUUA